AUGUUUGAUCUCAAUGGUAUGUACAACUGUCAAAACGAUCAAGUCUGGGCUGUGAAUCGUGCCGAAGCUGAUAAGAAUGGCGGCGUUAAACAAAAUCAGCAAUUUCAACAAAAAGUCAUGGUUUGGUUAGGCGUUUGUUCAGAAGGCGUAACUCCUUUGGUUAUUUUGGAUAAUGGCACAGUAAAUCAUCAACGAUAUAUCGAUGAAGUACUUCCUGUGGCUCUAAAGUAG